GAAAUUUUUGUCUAUCGAUAAAAUUCGCCAUGUUUUGCUAAAGAUUGACGUAAGGACAAAAAAACCUACAAAAUUUUCGAGUGCACUUUAUGAAGAGGAAACAAACAUCUCACCUACAUGUAACAUGUUCUCACUGAACUCUAUUAACACCCAAAACCAGAUUCUAGUAAGUUUUAGUCAGUUAUCAUCACGUUACUCGAAUUUAUUCAGACAAAGGAAGCAAAGCAACGCUAAAAACAAGGAUGUGAAGGGAAAAGAAAGUGCGGGAGUGUUAUCUGAUGCAACACUUUGUUCGGAUAGCUUCGAUGAAGCUUUGCGUCAUUUUGAUAAGAAUGUCUUAGCGGAGAUGUGUAAAAUCGACGUAAGAUCCGCUGUAUCAUUCGCCGGAGCCUCUAAGGCUGGUUUCAGAGAUAUACAGAACCUAAAAUCGGCAAAAAAAAUAUCUCAUAUAUCCCAAAGUUCAUUCGAAAAGAAUAAGAACGGAUGGCUCCAAGCACCUACGGUGACGGUAGAUUUCCGCGGCAAUAAUACUAAGUUCACUUUCACUGAUAACUUCGUGGGUUCUCUUUUCAAUAGCUUGCACAAUAAUUCCUUUAAUUACAACAUUCAAGUGCGAGGUUUUAAGACGGAGAGAGGAAUUCAUGCGGAUCUAAAAAGGAAUCCCAACUUAAUAAAUAGACUACGUCUCAAUGUCACAGAUAGCACAGACAAGCAAACAACGCUCAGUCCAGAUGUGGCUCCGAGACUCGAGAAGCUGCUCAGCGAAGAUACAGUACUCACAAACCAGCAGAAAGACAAGAUCAAGAUAGCGUUUGCUGAGGGAUAUUUAGCCGGAUCACAUCCAGACAAUGUCCGCGGCACCAAGGCUUCCAAAUAUCUGAAGCUGGUGCAACAGUUGCUAACCAUAGUCCUCUUCCUGGCUAUAUUCGUCAGCCUCAUGGCAUCAGUCAGCGGAACUGUCUUCAGGAUCCAGCUGGGCAACCAAGUGGAGGUGGACCCGGAGGACAUCUCAGUGACGUUCGAUGACGUGAAGGGAGCCGAUGAGGCCAAACAGGAGCUUAAAGACGUGGUGGAAUUCCUGAAGUCUCCAGAGCGGUUCUCGUCACUAGGUGGCAAGCUGCCCAAAGGAGUGUUACUAGUAGGUCCCCCCGGUACCGGAAAGACGUUGCUGGCCAGAGCAGUAGCCGGGGAAGCGAGGGUACCAUUCUUUCACGCAGCGGGUCCCGAGUUCGACGAGAUCCUCGUUGGACAGGGCGCGCGUCGCGUCAGAGAUCUGUUCAAGGCGGCCAAAGAACGAGCUCCGUGUGUAAUAUUUAUCGACGAGAUCGACUCGGUCGGAGCGAAGAGAACCAACAGUGUCUUACAUCCAUACGCCAAUCAGACAAUUAAUCAACUGCUGUCAGAAAUGGACGGUUUCCAUCAGAACGAAGGAGUGAUUGUUCUGGGAGCGACUAAUAGGAGAGACGACUUAGACCAGGCGUUACUCAGACCGGGCAGAUUUGAUGUAGAGGUGUCAGUCCCGACCCCAGACUACGGAGGUCGGCUUGAGAUACUCCAGAUGUACGUGUCCCGGGUAGCGGCCCACCCCGACCUGGACGUGGAGUCACUGGCCCGAGGGACCACGGGGUUCACCGGAGCUGACUUGGAGAGUAUGGUCAACCAGGCCGCUCUUAAGGCAGCGAUCGAAGGUGCGAAAACGGUGACCAUGGCUCACCUCGAGGAGGCCCGGGACAAGGUUCUGAUGGGUCCGGCAAGACGGGCUCGUCUUCCUGAUGAUGAGGCCAACGAGAUCACCGCCUGCCACGAGGGGGGCCACGCCAUCGUCGCCUACUACACCAAGGAUUCUCACCCUCUACAUAAAGUGACUAUCAUCCCCCGAGGUCCUUCGCUAGGACACACCGCCUACAUACCGGCUAAGGAAAGAUAUCACGUGACAAAGCAACAGCUUCUGGCAAUGAUGGACACAAUGAUGGGAGGACGAGCGGCUGAGGAAUUAGUCUUUGGACCGGACAAGAUUACUUCAGGAGCGUCCUCGGACCUGAAGCAGGCCACGUCCAUCGCGGUGCACAUGGUGCGCGAGUGGGGCAUGAGCGAGCGCGUGGGGCUGCGCGCCGUGGAGCCCGCGCGGGGCGGGGACACGCUGGGGCCCGCCACCAACGAGAUGGUGGACGCAGAAAUCAAGAAGAUUCUCUCUGACAGCUACGAGCGAGCGAAAGCUAUUCUACGCGCUCACGCCAAGGAACACAAGGCGCUAGCGGACGCGUUGCUCAAGUAUGAAACGCUAGACGCGGACGACAUCAAGGCGAUAAUGAACGGAGAGAAGAUAAAGCUGGAGAAGCAGAAGGGCGGUAAGGAAGCCCCGGCCGGCAAGGAGGCCCCCGUGCCCGCACUGCUGCCCCAGGCGGUGCCGGCGUAGGUCGCCCGUCUAGGUGAUUCCUGGACUUCAUUAGACGCCAGUGAGAACGUAGAAGACGUCUCGAUAUGUACAAAAUAGUGAAGAAAAGUGAAUUUGAAAAUUUUGCAGGUUGCCGAGUCGAUAACCAUUUUUAAAUUUAAUAAAAAUAAGUAUAACAUGCCCCGUCGCAGUUCCCUUUGUAGAUUCGUUAUAGUAUAUUAUGAAAAAUGUUAUUAAUAUCGUAAUUUUAAAUAAAUUUCAUGUAACUGUGAGGUUUUUGUUUAUUUUUUAUAAAGAUUGUAACAUAUGGACAGCUAGUUGUAACGAAUUGUUGACGGUAAAUGACGCAAGUAUUUCAUAAGAAAUAAAUUUCAAAUACACAA